AUGUUUCUCACAGACGCCGUGUUGUUCUCCGAGCGAAGUAGUCCGUCGCAACUAUUUGGUCCGUCCCGCGGGCCUCCGCACGUCUUGACGCAGUGCUUCGGAGCCACAACCAUUCGGACCAUAUGGACAUGUCAGCGUUGUCGGCGAUCCAGGCCACCUCAUGCGCAUUACUUUGUUCCGUUGCAUAGCACGUCGGGACACAAACAGGGCGACUGGGUCGUCCAGGGAUGCGGGGGGCCUUCUACUUUGCAGGUGGUCAUCUCUCCUUCCUGGAAGUUCCAGGACCAACAUGUGAAUCUCUACGAAGCGGUGCAGAUCAAUCGAGAUGUGGGCAGUCCCGUGUCCGUGGGGAUCCACUGGGGUACGAAUCAGCUUAUCACGGGCGAGCCAAAGCAAACGCUCGCAGUGCUCAUGUCGAUUGCAUCGAAGAGUCGCUUUGUCGCGCUGGACUACUACGACCUAGAGAUCAUUCCGUGGACACUGUAG